CGGCAGAGGAGGAGCCGAGCAUCCCCAGUCUCCUGCCCCGUCAGCUGCUGAUGCUGAGGGUACUAGUGAACCGGGGACUGAGGGAGAGAAAGUUUUAUUCUGGGGCAGCCUCUGCUGAUCACAUCCAGGCAGCAGCCGAUCACAUCCUGCCCGCAGCCGAUCACAUCCAGGCAGUGUACAGCGCCGAUCCUGCCCGCAGCCGAUCACAUCCUGUCCGCAGCCGAUCACAUCCAGGCAGUGUACAGCGCCGAUCCUGUCCGCAGCCGAUCACAUCCAGCAGCCUCAUCCACGUCUCCGUGCGGGGACCCAGCGGGCAGGCAUGCGGUACAUAUAGCGGGCAGGCAUGCGGUACAUAUAGCGGCUGCUGAGUCACGGAUCUGAUCGGAUGAGCAGCGGCUGCCUGGUGAUCGGUGUACACCGCGCUCUCCACCAUGAUCGCCGCUGCCUUCCUGGUGCUUCUUAGACCGUACAGCAUCCAGUGUGCCCUGCUGAUGCUGCUUCUCAUGCUGGGCACCAUCGCCACCAUCUCCUUUCUAUUCUGCUGGCACCGCAAGCUCCAGAAGGGCAGGCACCCGAUGAAGACGGUGUUCAGCUAUCGGCCCCGGAGCAGAGAUGCCCUGCUGAGAUCCCAUCAUUCCCGCUCAGAGGGAUUCAGGCCAAGCCCUCGGCACUUGCGGCGGUACGCCCGAACCCGUGUCGAAGAGACAAAACCUUUGGAUGAAGUCCACCAGAGUGACCAGGAUAUAUCUUCACCUCUGAGAAAACGAAAGAUCAAGAGAAGCAGCCGAGUACAGCCAGAAUUUUAUCAAUCCGUGCAAGUAACACCUACUCGAAAACCGAGCUCGGGCACCGGCUCCUAUCGCUGCUCCAUGUCCUCCUCUGCUGACUUCUCAGAUGAUGACGAUUACAGCCAGAAGUCUGGAUCUGCCUCCCCUGCCCCCGGAGAUACCCUGCCCUGGAAUCUGCCCCGACAUGAGAGAUGCAAGAGGAAAACCUGCGGGGGUGCAGUGCUGGAUCCAGCCGAGAGGGCAGUGCUCAGGAUAGCUGAUGAAAGAGACAAAGUACAAAAGAAGACAUUUACUAAAUGGAUUAACCAGCACCUAAUGAAGGUACGGAAGCAUGUAGGAGAUCUUUAUGAAGAUCUACGAGAUGGACAUAACCUAAUCUCUUUAUUAGAAGUACUCUCUGGAGAUACCCUGCCGAGGGAACGAGAUUUUUUGAAGACCUUACGGUUGGUGAGUCCCUCAGAAGCAUGCGAGUUUGAUCAGCAUGAGGAGGUGGAUGAUGAGGAUAAGGGGCCCAGGGAAAAAGGCAGAAUGCGCUUUCACAGACUACAGAAUGUACAAAUUGCACUUGAUUAUUUGAAAAAGCGUCAGGUGAAGCUAGUGAAUAUAAGAAAUGACGACAUAACAGAUGGGAAUCCCAAAUUGACUUUGGGCUUAAUAUGGACCAUCAUUCUGCACUUUCAGAUUUCUGACAUCCAUGUUACUGGAGAGUCAGAGGAUAUGUCAGCCAAAGAGAAGCUUCUUCUUUGGACACAGCAAACUACUGAAGGCUACGGUGGAAUUCGGUGUGAAAACUUUACCACAUGUUGGCGAGAUGGGCGACUCUUUAAUGCCAUCAUUCAUAGAUACAGGCCGGACCUGAUUGACAUGGAUACCGUUGCUGUUCAAAGCAACAUUACAAACUUAGAAAAUGCUUUUUAUGUAGCUGAAAAACUGGGUGUUACUAGACUUCUGGAUCCAGAAGAUGUAGAUGUUUCUUCCCCAGAUGAAAAGUCAGUAAUUACUUAUGUCUCUUCAAUAUAUGAUGUUUUUCCCAAGACUCCAGAAGGAGGGGAAGGAAUUAGUGCAAAUGAUGUUGAAGUAAAAUGGAUAGAAUAUCAAAAUAUGGUAAAUUACCUCAUCCAAUGGAUUAGGCACCAUGUAGCAUUAAUGUCUGACAGAAAUUUUCCAAAUACUGUUGCAGAACUUAAGGCACUUUAUAACCAAUACUUACAGUUUAAAGAGAAAGACAUCCCACCAAAGGAAACAGAGAAGGAGAAGAUUAAGCACCUGUACUCAUUGCUGGAAGCUUGGAUUGAAUUUGGACGCAUCAAGCUUUCUAAGGGAUACCAUCCAAAUGACAUAGAAAAAGAAUGGGGAAAGCUUAUUAUUGCUAUGUUUGAAAGGGAAAAAGCAAUAAGACCUGAAAUUGAAAGACAAGAGAUGCUGCAACAAAUUGCAAUCCGAGUGCAGAGAGAUAGUCUCGGAUGUGAAGAUAAGCUGAUACUAGCUCGGAGUGCUCUCCAAGUUGACACUAAGCGGAUGGAAUCUGGAAUCCAGUUUCAAAAUGAAUCUGAGAUUGCGGGUUACCUAAUUGAAUGCGAAAAUCUACUGAGACAACAGCUGGCGGAUGUCCAGGCACUUGUGGAGGGAAAGUAUUAUCAGGCAGACCAGUUAGUACAGAGGGUUGCUUCUUUGCGGGAUGAACUUUUCACGCUGAGAAAUGAAUACUCUUCAAUUUACAGCACUGGACGGAUGAUUGCGUCUGAUCAGACACAACUUAUGAUAUCAGGAAUAUCACAAAGCUUAAACUCAGGAUUUUCACAAGGCUUGAACCCUGUAAUGAACUCUGCAAUGUCCCACAAUAUGACACCAAUGUCACCAACCGGCCUGGCUCCAAGUAUGUCUGGCAGCAUGUCUCCUGGUCUCCCACCUAAUCUUGCUCCUGGUCUUACAACCAAUAUCUCUCAUGGCUUUAAUUCACAUUUGACUCCUAUGACACCAUCAUUUGCGCCAAACUUUAACCCAGGUUUAAUCCAAAACUAUGGAAAUGGAAUGAACUCAAAUGCAUUACAGUCACUCAAGCUCAUGCAAGUCAAGAAACCAUUAAUGAAAUCAUCCUUUGCUGAUCAAAAUUUGCCCGAGGAAGAAAUGAAUAUAAAAUUUGUUCAAGACCUCUCCAGCUGGGUGGACGAAAUGCAGCUACAAAUGGACCGAGCAGAGUGGGGUUCAGAAUUGUCCAGCAUUGAACUCCAUUUACAGAAUCACAAAAAUUUCCAUGCGAUUGUUGAAGAAUUUGAAAUCAGUCUUAAAGAGGCAAAAAUGAGCGAGCUGCAGAUGGCAGGUCCUUCAAAGGGUUCUUAUGCUGAUCUUCUCAGCAAAGUAGAGGGCUCCUAUUCAAAGUUACUGAGUAUAUCGAGAAACCGCCAGAAGCACCUAGACUCCCUUUACAGCUUUGUCACCAGAGCCACAAGGGAGCUAAUAUGGCUGAAUGAAAAAGAAGAGGAGGAAGUAGCAUAUGACUGGAGUGAUAGAAACCAAAACAUAACAGUUAAAAAGGACUAUCAUGCUGAUUUAAUGAGAGAACUUGACCACAAAGAAGAAGUCAUUAAAUCAGUGCAAGAUACCGCAGAACAGCUGCUGCUCCAGAAUCAUCCAGCAAGAUCCACUAUUGAGGCCUACAAAGCAGCUACACAGACACAGUGGAACUGGAUUUUGCAGCUCUGCAGCUGUGUAGAGCAACAUAUACGACAAAACACAACCUACUUUGAGUAUUUCAGUGAUGCCAAAGAUGCCACAGAUUAUCUGAAGACCUUAAAAGAUUCCAUACUGAGGAAGUACAGCUGUGAUAAAUCCACCAGCGUACAUAAACUGGAAGACUUAGUGCAAGAAUCCAUGGAAGAAAAAGAACAGCUUUUACAGUACAAAAGUACUAUUGCCAGCCUUGUUGGAAGAUCAAAGGCAAUAGUUCAAUUAAAACCAAGGAACCCAGACAAUCCACUAAAAUCAUCUGUCCCAAUUCGAGCUAUGUGUGAUUACAGACAGAUUGAGAUCACAAUUUACAAAGAUGAUGAAUGCGUGCUGGCGAGCAAUUCACACCGCGCAAAAUGGAAGGUGAUCAGUCCUACCGGCAAUGAAGCCAUGGUUCCAUCUGUGUGCUUUACAGUGCCACCACCAAACAAAGAAGCUGUUGACUCUGCAAACAGGGUUGAACAAAUGUAUCAGAGUGUUUUAUCUCUCUGGCAUGAAUCCCAUAUCAACAUGAAGAGUAUGGUAUCUUGGCAUUACUUAAUGAAUGAAAUUGAAGCCAUCCGAGCUAGCAAGGUUUCUUCGAUUAAAACUUUGCUACCUGGAGAACAUCAGCAGGUACUAAGCAAUCUGAAAACUCGUUUUGAUGAAUUCUUGGAAGACAGCCAGGAGUCAAAGAUGUUUUCUGUGUCUGAUAUAGCACAGUUCGAAAGAGAGGUCAAUGUCUGCAAGCUGCACUAUGAGGAGCUUCUAAAAUCUGCAGAAAGAGAGGAACAAGAAGAAUCUAUUUACAAUCUGUACACCACUGAGAUUAGAAACUUCCGUCUUCGUCUGGAAAGCUGCGAAGAACGGCUUAUUCGGCAAAUUAGAACUCCACUAGACAGGGAUGAUUUGCAUGAAAGUGCACUGAGAAUCUCUGAACAAGAGAAAUUAAAGAAAGAUUUGGACCACUUGAAAGUAGAUUUAUCAGCAAUUUCAGAGAAAUGUGAAGAGUUCUUCAGCCAAGCUGCUGCCUCACCUUCAAUUGAUGCUCUACGAUCCGAGCUCAGCAUUGUUGUUCAGUCAAUGAGCCAAGUGUACUCCAUGUCUUCCAUUUACCUAGAAAAGUUAAAGACUAUAAAUCUAGUGCUAAAGAGUACACAAGGAGCUGAGAGUCUAGUGAAAACAUAUGAGACCAAACUGUGUGAAGAAGAUGUCAUUACAGCUGAUAGAAACUCGAUUGAUAGACUGAUCGCCACCUUGAAGAAAUGGAGAUCGGAGGUGGAUGAAAAAAGAGAAGUGUUUCAUGCUUUGGAGGAUGGAUUGCAGAAAGCCAAAAGCAUCAGCGAUCAGAUGUUUAAAGUGCACAAGGAGCGGGAUAUUGACUUUGACUGGCACAAAGAAAAGGCAGACCAGAUUGCAGAGCGGUGGCAGAAUGUGCACGCUCAGAUUGAGAACAGAUUGAGAGACCUGGAUGGAAUAAGCAAGUCCUUGAAAUAUUACAAAGAAUCUUUCUUAGCACUUGAUUCCUGGAUUAGGCAAAUAGAAGAAGGACAAAGUAGGUUGCAAGAUGGCAUGCCCGAUAGUAAGACUCUUUCCAGACUUCUGGACCAGCAGAAGAAUUUGAUUUCUGAAAUUGAGAUGAAGCAAAGCAAAAUGGAUGAGUGCCAGAAGUAUUCAGAACAGUAUUCUCUAGCCAUUAAGGACUAUGAACUACAGCUGAUGACUUAUAGAGCACUUGUAGACUCCCAUCAAAAAUCUCCAAUGAAACGUAGACGCUUUCAGAGCUCAUCUGAUGUUGUUGUACAAGAGUAUAUGGAUCUGAGGACCCGGUACACUGCCUUAAUGACUUUGAUCAGCCAGUUUAUAAAAUUUUCUGGGGAAACGCUAAAGAGAUUGGAAGAAGAGGAGAAAUCAUUGGAAGAGGAAAAGCGAGAGCAUGUAAAGAAGGCAGGGGACAUAAUGAAUUGGGUGUCUAAAGUCACUAAAAUGCUAAAUAAAGAAGGAGAAGAAGGAGAGAGUGCAGGAAUGACACCCACUUCUAAGCACCAGAUUUCCAGUGAAGAGAUUCUCACAAAGCAGGAUGAGAUUUCGGAUGCUCUGCAGACUUUACAAUUACUUUUAGCUAAGCAUGGUGACAGAAUGACUGAAAAAGAAAGAGUGGAAUUAGAAAGCCAAAUUAAAUCACUCCAAGAAAGCCACAGUCUUUUAUCAAAAGAGUACGAAAGACAACAACAGGAAGCCAAGGACCUGGUAGAUAAACUGGUGGGACAGAAGGUGGAUAAAGUGGUGUCAGGAGCUAUAGAUGAGGCAAAUGAGAGAAUUCUUUCCAUUUACCAGUCUAUUGUAGAAGGCCUUGUUGAUUAUGAAACAGGAAUUAUUUUGCUUGAAACACAACUUAUAGUAUCCGAACUGAUUUGCCCACAGUUAAAGAGAUGCUUUGGCUUUGAAGACGCUAAGAGUCAUAAUCUUAUAGAUGAUCAGAUCCAAGAACGACUCCACGAAGUCUCUCACGCUAAGAGUGUCAUUUCAUCUCUCCCUCCAAGUGAUUUUCCUAUAAUUACAGCUUACAAUCAAGGAUUCAUUUCAGAAACUGUAACAGUCAAAAUGAUCAACACUUUGCUAUCUUGUGGUUGCCUUCAACUUGCCACUACAGGAGAGCAGCUCAAUGUAAAUAAACUUUUUCAAAGAAAUAUGAUUUCUACGUCAAUGUUUACAAAGCUUAUUGAGAGGCAAAAGAUUGCCAAAGACUUGAUUGAUCCCAUCACAGCAGAAAAGUUGACAUUAGCCGAUCUGUUCCAGAGGACAGUGACAGAUGAGAAAACAGGAAUGAGAUUUAUUCUAGUUAACUCAGAAGAUAAAGGUAAAAUCACAUUAAAAUCUGGAAGGAAAAUUAGUGUUUUACGUGCUGCUCAUGAAGGAAUUCUGGAACGAGAAAUUAUGUUCAGGCUACUUGGAGCUCAGCUUCUUUCAGGUGGCAUUAUCGACCUAGAUACUGGAACCCAAUUGACUUUAGAACAGGCUCGAGAUCAGGGUGUUAUUGAUCAUGGAACAGUUUGUGGAAUUUUAACCCAACAAGUUCAAAAUGGUGGAAUCCUUUGCCCAUCUACAAGAAAGUGCUUAACAGUAGAUGAAGCUGUUCAGUGUAAUUUAAUUUCACACAGUAGUGCAUUGAUGGUUCUAGAGGCACAAAAAGGGUUCAUUGGACUUAUAUGGCCUGAUACCAGUGAAAUAUUUCCCAUAACAACAUCUUUACAACAAGGAAUGAUUUCUAAUGAGUUAGCACAAAAGAUCCUAAGCAACAGACACAAAAUUGCAGGGUUAUAUAUUCCUGAGACAUCUGAGAUAGUCCAAUUAAAUAUAGCUGCUCAGUCAGGUAUAAUAAACAAAAACACUGCAUCAGUCCUCAGCAAUUUGGAAUUACAGGACAGAAUGCCAAAUAUAGAUGUCCUGGAGCCAACCUGCAAACAUGCUUUGAAAUGGAUAUCUUAUGAAUCUCACCCAGAUCAGCUGACUGAAAGCUCUGAAAAUCACCCAGAGGAAGAACUGACACAUAAUCCAGACCAUACAAAGCAAUUAUUUAUUUCCUAUCUCAUGAUAAAUAGUUAUAUUGAUGCAAAUACAGGGGAAAGACUUUUACUGUUUGAUGGUGAUCUUGAUGAAGCUGCUAGCAUGUUGCUUGAGUCCGAAAAUAUUUUGCAUACCUGGUGUGAAAAUGAAGAAGGCGUUACUGAUAUUGUGGGAGAUGAUUUGGAGGGGAAAAAACCAGACCUGAUCUGUGAUAUAGACAGUAGUAUAACUGAGUGUGACAGUACCUCCUAUUUGAGCUCAGGUUUUGAAGAAACACAAAACAUAGCAGCCUCUACAGAGCAACUUCAGUUUAUGGAUAAAGUUGGUAGCAAAGAUACUGAGGAGGUGAUUUGUCAGCUAUUAAAAAAUUUAAAAACUGAUGAUAUAUCCAGUGAACAUAAUCUGAAGUGCAGUCAGACAGCUGGAGCACAUGAAGAAAUAGAUUUGUUUCCUGUUAAAGAUGUAAUUGUAGCUGAUGUUCAACUAGUUACACCACCUAAUGCAACUGUCCAUAACAAUAUAAUUCAAGAAAAUACCAUUCAUACCAACUCUAAUGAAGGCUCUGCUCAGACUGGAGAUGUUUAUAAAUGUCCAGAAGAAAUUGUAAUCGCUUCAAACAUCAGUCCUAUUCAAGAUAAAACAGAAGAUGCUGUUGUUUCUUUGGAAGACUCAUCUUGUGAUAACCUGCAAAAAAUGCCAAAUGAAGAACAUUGUGGUAAAGGCACUGACCUUGAGAUUUGUGCUACUCCCCCACCUGAAACCAACGGUGACGUACUGCGUAAUAUGGACGAAGAGCUUCAUAAAUAUUUAGAUACUAGCAGUGAAUCUAAUAUGUCUGAUGAAAAUGAUAAAAGUGAGGAUGAGGUUGGUGAUAAUGAUGAGAUUAAAAAGACUUGGAAAACUAUAGGAAAUUACAUAAUAGAAGACAGAAUGCAUUCCCAGAGUGAUACAAGCUCAGAUGAGGAGUUUUACUAUAACACUGAUAGUGAUGCUGAAAACACUGGAAUGUUUCAAGGAAGGCAAUUUCUGGAAACCAUAAUUGAAGAAGAUUCUGAAACUAACUCCUGUGUUGAUGAACACGCUUCAUUAUAUAAGGACAAAUUUUCUUUUCAGAGUGGUUCAGUAGAGGGAAAAUAUGAGAGUAAUGAAUAUAAAACCACUGACAUGCAUAUGGAUGACAACAUGAAGGCUAAAGUAAUCAUUCAAGAAGAACUAGAUGAAGAUUAUGUUGAGAGUAGUUUUAGUGAAACGGACAUUGACUGUUUUGUCACUGAUGAGACAAACAGUGAAGAGGGCUAUCAAGCCACUGAAGAAUUUUCAGAUGAAUACUUUGAGGAUACUGAAAUUGAUAGCAAAGCUGUUAUGUUUGAUUUUGGCUAUAAUGAUAAUGAAAGACACUUACAUAUUGAAAAUGUCUUGCAUCCACCUUCUGAUAAUUCUGGAAGUACAUCCAACACUAUGGUUCUGUGUGAAUCGGAUGAGUCUUUGCCUUGUCUAGGACAAAGUGUUGUCAUCACUCUGGGCAAUUCUAAUUCAUGUAUACCAGUGGAAUUUUCUGAUCCUAAGCUAACUCAUUAUAAGAGUACAUAUGAAAGUGAGAGCGAUAUUGAAAAAAAAAGUAAAACUGAAACACCAGAAUUAGUGAACUUGAAAGUUCAGUCAACUGCUCUAGCACAACUGGAUGCUGAAGAUUCCGCCCAUGAUCCCCAGUUACAUAAUAGCCUUGAUUAUACUGACAAUGGUAGUGCCACUUCCAAACAUACUGAUCAUAAUCAAUCACCAACUGAUAAUACUAAGCUUAUUCCUGAAUCCAUUCAACCCAAAAAAGAGAAUGUAAACGAUGAAUGUAGCAAUGCAGAUAUGCAAAUUGAAGUAAAUGAGACAUGCGGCCGAGUGAACAAUGGUUCUGAAAGCAGUGAUCAAUGUGCCACUCAGCUUGAGGAACACUCUACAGUUGACUUCAACUCUAAGCAGAUACCUGAAAAUUGUCUACUCAAUGAAUUAAAGGCUGUUUUCAACACUAAUGUUACACAUAUUGAAAAUAAUUAUUGUGUGGAAGACAUAGAGUCGCGGACCAAUUCAGUUCAGAAGGUUAAUUCAGAUUUACCAGAUGACGAGGGUAGAGGAAAAAGUAUUUCUUCAAUUGAAACGAAUGACACUGAAACCUGCAGCAUUACAGAUAUUAUGAAAAUGAAGGAGGCAAAUAAUUAUAGAGAAAGUAUUGUCCCACUUACAGCAAAAAGCCCAAUUCAUAUUGAUAACCUGUGUGCAGUUUUUGAUUCAUCUACCUGUAAAAGCUCUAGUGAUAAUGUAGAAGCAUCUACUACUAGUGCUGUGUCUGAUAUACAGAAUUCCGGUGCAUUUGAUAUGGAAUCAAGUAACACAGGAGAAUUGGAUAACUUAGCAACUUACCUCAAAGGUUGUGCAGGAAUAAUACAAACAACUGAUCACAAUGUUAAUUUCAAACAAUUUGUUUUGGGAGAUACCAACAGCCCAUACAACACAGGGGAGAACUUAGAUGGGAAUGGAAAUUCUUUACCAGAAUUACCUUGUGACAAGGUCAAUCUAAGUACUAAAGAGUCUGCCAAAAGUGAAAAUGUUUCCAAGGAUAUAUUUGAUAAAGAAGGUGAAACAGUUUUAAUAAAUAAUUUUGGAGAACAUAAUGAAUGCACAAGACAUAUACCAGACUUAGAUCUAGUUAGAGUAAAGACUAAAGCCGUAGAAAAUGGAAUAAUGAUCCAGGGAGAUAACAACCAACAAGGCAAACAAAUUGAACAUGACACAGUAUCAUGUAAAGUAGAAAUGACCCCAAGUCAUAAAACUUUGAGUACUUCAUCAUCCUUUAAUGAACAGAAAGUGCAGGAGCCAAAUAGUCCAAAAUUAAUCUCUUCCCAGCUUGAUCAAAUCUUUCAUGUUCCUCCAGACUCUGAAAAUUCUAACAAAUUGGAAGAGCUUAUAAUUAACAUCAAUAAAGGUCUGUUUCCCAGUGAGCUGAUCUCAACUUCUUCCAUUCCUGAACAGAUGAAUAAGAAAAGUCCUGAACAAAAUAAGCAAUUUUCCCCCUCUGAGCAACCAGGAACUGCAAGAAAAUUCAGCUUUACAGAACAACCAUGUAAUGGUGUGAAAACAUUGGAUGAAAACUCUACAACUCAAAAUACAGAUUUAACUGCAUCUGAAGUUGAGCAAAGAGUGGGAGAUACAGUGGCAGAUGAGAUAACUUUGACUUUAAAUCAGCAUUGUCGAACAUUAUGUGAUCAUCUAAAGGUUGUUCAAGAUCAGAAGCUCCAUUUGGAUAAUCUACCUGCCCUCGGUGAUAACUUGGAAACUUUAAAAAUUCAGCUUGAGCAGCUUGAGUCCUUUGAAUCAAGGUUGGGUGCGUUUUCUGUUAAACUGAAAAAAGAUGUACAGUGUGCAGAGCAAUUCUUAACCUCUGUUCCUGGUGACCUUCCAGGAGAGCAUCUCAAGGAGUUAAGUGAGACCUUGAUGAAAACCUUUGCUGCUGUUUGUGAAAUGUCUCCAGAUCGUGCUCAACAGAUUGCAAUUGCGGUUGAUGCUGGGAUGGGUGCAUUAGCAGAAACUCAUCAGGGCUUACUAAACCGACUACAAGCCUUGGCAGAUUGGAUAACCUCUUGUAAUGAAACAUUGGACUUUUCACUGAGUAGUGAUGAUAUAGAUGUUGUAAAUCAAAAGAUACAUUCUUUAAAGAAUCUCAGCAGUGAUGUUUCAGAGCAGAAGGUAGAGCUAGAUACCACAGCGUUUGAUGUCCAGUUCUUUAUAUCAGAACAUGCCCAGGAUCUUUCACCAAAUCAAAGCAAACAGCUGUUACGAUCACUGAAUGCUACACAGAAGAGCUUUCAAAAUGCUCAAAAAAGGAUCACAUCACAUAUAGAGUCUCUAACAAGUCACCUGCUGGCGGCACAAGAUUUGAAUGAGCAGAAGGAUGCGGAAGUACAACUACAAGAGCACAGAGAUAAGCUGCAGGAAAUCUGUGACCUGAUCACUCAGACAGAGAACAAGCUUAUUGGACAACAAGACAUGCUGACCGCUCGUGACAACCCUGCAGAUCUACAGCACUGUCAGGCUGAAUAUGAGGAGUUACAGAAAGAUAUGCAGGCUGGUGCCAGUGAACUUGCAGAGAUUGUGAAAAACACAGAAAAAUUCCUCCAAGAGCAUGGAGAUAAGCUGUCACCAGAAGAAAAAGUCGUCAUUGAGCAGAAACUGAAAGAGGCUAAAGCUAAGUUUGAACUACUAUGUAAAAAAGCUGAACAAUCCAAGAAGGAGCUUGAAAAGGCUGUCACAACAGCCAUCAAAAAGGAAACAGAAAAGUCUGCUGCUGUAGAACAACUGGAAGAAAGUAAAAACAAAAUAGAAAGCUUGCUGGAUUGGCUUUCACGUGUGGAUGAAGAAGCAGAGAAUGGAAACCAAGAGAAAAAAUGUCAUAUUAAGCAAAAUGGAACACAUCAUAAAGAGAGUGAAAUACAGUCUAUACUGGAUGGAGUCCAAGAGGUUAAUGGUAACGUAAUUGUGUGCGAUGGAAAAGCAAACGUUAUGAAUGUCGAAGAAUGUAAAGAAGAGGAUUUAAAGAGUCAGUAUCAGAAAGUGAAGGCUCAGCAUGAGAAAAUUGUGUCUCAGCAUCAAGCAGUUAUAAUAGCAACCCAGUCAGCACAAGUACUACUUGAGAAACAAGGACGCCAUCUCACACCUGAAGAGAAGGAAAGGCUCCAGAAAAAUAUUGAAGCUUUAAAAGCCCAGUAUGAAUCAGCUUUGUUUGAUUCUGAGCGGAAAAUGAAGGGGAUCCAGACAGUACAAGAGGAGCUAGAGAAGUUUACAGCUGACUACAAUGAGUUUGAGAAUUGGCUUCAAGACUCGAAACAAGAACUAGAGCAUUUGGAGAAUGGAUCUGAGGACUUUGCAGGUCUCAUGGCCAAGCUUCAGAGACAAAAGAGCUUUUCUGAAGAUGUGAUUUCUCACAAAGGAGACUUACGUUAUAUCACUAUAUCCGGACAGAGGGUGCUGGAUGCUGCAAAAUCCUACAGUAAAGAUGAUAUGGUGGAAGACAACAAUAAUAUUAGCACCAUGGAAACCUGCAAGAUGGUACAAAGCAAGUUAGACACGGCUUCAGAAAACUUCAAGUCUUUACAUUCAAAGUGUAAUAUUCUAGGAAAUAACCUGAAGGAUUUAGUAGACAAAUAUGAACACUUUAAAGAAGCAUCUUGUGGACUGCUGGCUGGCCUUCAGAAAUCAGAAUCGGCUGUGCAGAAAAAGUUGUCUGAGCCCAUUGCUGCAGACACCAGGAACCUGCAGAGACAAAUAGAAGAAACAAAGUUGCUCUGUGAACAGGUAUCAAUUCAUCUGGUCGGUGUAGAAAAGCUUAAGAAGGCAGCAGAAGGACUUCUUGAUAAUAAAGGGGGUCUAUUGCUAAACAAAGAUGAAAUCCAAAAGCCACUUGAUGACCUAGUGGGAAGAUACAAUAAUGUAUCUCAGUCUGUGAGUGACUGGAAUGAAAAGCUCCAGAUAACCCUGACUCGAUCACUAAGUGUUCAGGAUGGAUUGGAUGAAAUGUUUGACUGGAUGCAAGGCGUUGAAAAGGACUUAAAAGAGCAUCAACAAGUGCCAUUGAAUUCUUCAUCAAUUCAGGAAAUUAUCUCGAAAAAUAAUAUGCUUGAGCAAGAUAUUUCAAGUCGCCAGAGCAGCAUCAGUACAAUGAAUGAAAAGCUGAAGAAAUUCAUGGAGACUGCAGAUUCAUCCGCUGCAUCUUCUCUGCAAGGAAAGAUGAAUGACCUAUCCGAGCGCUUCUCCAAAGCUACUGAUCAAACCAGAACGCGCACUGAGAAGAUGGAAGAUUUGAAGACUAAAGUUGAACAGUUUGAGGAUCUCUCUGGCAAAGUACAGUCCUUUUUGGAUAAAAAACUAAAAGCACUGACAGAGGCAGAUGGCCCUGGAAAAGAUGUGACCGAGCUAUCUCAGUUUAUGCAGGAAACAAGCAAUGAAAUGCUGGAUCAGAAAAAGAGCCUAGAAGAUCUUCACAAGCUUGUCGAUGAAUUGUGUGUGUAUGCGAUUCCAGGAGACAAAGCACUGGUUUUGGAGAAAGUAAAUACUAUGUUAAAACGGUUUCAGGAUCUUGAGGAGACUGUUAAGGCAAAGGAAGAAGAUGUGUCAUCCUGCCAAGCACAGAUGGACUCUUUUCAGUCUUUAGUCCAAGCUUUAAAACACUGGUUCACUGUAACAAGCGAUAGAAUCCCUGCAAAAAGCCUGACAAUGUGUUUGAAGGAGCUUUCUAGACAUUUGGAAGAUAUAAAGAACUUACAAGAAGAGUGGAGGCUAAAAGGACAAGAUGUUCAAAAAGUGAACAGCAAAGGAACAGCAUUGUGUAGCCUGAUAAAUGCUGUAACUUCACCUGCAAAGACUAGAUCAGCUAUCAAAUCAGCUAGAAAUGCAGUUAAUGGUUCAAUGUCAUCAGAUGUGAAAGAGAAUUUAACCAGCAAAGAGCUCGCCGUUGUGCAGAAGGGGAUUUUGGAUGUUAAUGAAGGCUAUGAAUGUCUGGGGAAUUUAUUGAAAGAUAAAAUACAGGACUUCGAAGGUCGCCUAUCUCAACUUCAGCAAGUACACAAUGAAGCUGAUUCUUUGAUUCAAUGGCUUGAAAAAAUGCACUCAACUGCUCUAACAUGGGAAGCUCCUACAGACAGUGAAUCAGUGCGAACACAAGUAGAACAGCACAAGGUCUUUGCAGCGGAAGUGAAACAGAAUGAAAGUAAAGUGGAAGCGUUGAAGGACAAGCUGAAAAAGUGUAUAGAAACUAGUGGAGUUGCCUCUGAAUCUCAAAUUUUGAAGGACAUGAUGGAUAAAAUAGAGUCUUCUUGGAAAGACAUCACCCAGAUGACAGCUGAAAGGCAGCAAACAUUGGAAGAGUCUUCAAAUGACCUGACCCUAUUCCAGAAUGCGGAGGCUCAGUUAAAACAAUGGCUUGUAGAGAAGGAACUCAUGGCCAGUGUACUUGGACCUCUUUCAAUAGACCCUAAUAUGCUUAAAACACAAAAGCAGCAAGUCCAGAUUCUCCUGAAAGAGUUUGAUGCCCGAAAACAACAGUAUGAACAACUUAACAAUGCAGGGCAGAGGAUCAUCAGCCGACCCGGAGAUCUCCCUCUUUGUGAUGAAGCGGUAAAGAAGCAGUUAGCAGAUGUGGCAUGUAAAUGGGAAAGUCUAACCGGACAAUUGAAUGACAGAUGUGACCGAAUUGACCAAGCUAUUGUGAAAAGUACUGAUUACCAAAACCACCUUAAUGGUCUUUCAGAGAAACUAAGUGCCUUGAAUAAUAAACUGAACAGUAGUAUGACACUGGGAUCAGACCCAAGUGCUGUAAGACUGAAGCUAGAGACUGCAGAACAGGUCCAGGGAGAAAUAAAGCAGGAGAUGGAAAACAUCGAAAAUGCCAGAUUGCUAUGUGAUGAAUUGUCCAUCUUGGUAGCUGAGGAAUACUUAAAUGCUGAGUUGAAUAGACAGUUGGACAACAUCGUAAAGCCUUUCAUGGAUCUGAAACAAAAGACAGCUUCCCAUGUGGAACAAUUACAGUCUGCCUUUGCCAGCUCUCAAAAAUUUUAUGAAAUGUCUGAGGAUUUCCAGUCGUGGAUAAAAAAUAAGAAAAAAGAACAAAAGGAGGCAGCACCCAUUUCAGCCAAACUUGAUAUUCUUAGGUCAUCAAUAACAGAGGCGAAACAAAUGCAGAACACUAUGAAUAGCCAGUGUGAAGUCUUUGAAAAGGUCAUGGAAGAAGGUGAAAAACUGUUACAAAAAACAGAAGGCGGAGACAAGAUCAAACUUCAGAAUCAGCUCUCCAUGCUUAAAGGUGAAUGGGAAGACAUUAGCAAGCAAAUAUCUGGGAGGGUAAAUAAUUUAAUAGAUUGUCAGCAGAAGGCAAUAAAGUAUAGAGAGUUAGUCGAUUCUAUCCUUCCUUGGCUGGAGGAACAUGAAAAUAAAGUAUGUGAAUUGAAACCUUCAGUGGACACUGUGGCCAUAGAUAAAUCAAUUUCAGAAGUGAAAGCUAUUCAAAAGAGUGUCGACAAACAGCGAGGAAUGUUGGAGAUGCUAAAUAGUGCAACAGAUAGUUUAUUAGCCUCUUCUCAGGUUGAUACAGAAGUAGUCACAGAUGAAAGCACCAUGCUAAAUAACAAGAUGGAAUCCCUUAUUGACAACCUGCAUAAUAAAAGAGACUCUUUGGAGAAUAUGGCAUUACAUCUUAAAGACUUUCAAGAGUCCAUUAAAGAGACUGAGAGUCAACUGGAUGUGGCACAGGAGCAUUUAGAAAUACAUAAUUCACUUGGAGCUCAAGCAUGUAGCAACAAGCAUCUAUCUAUAAUGCAAACCCAACAAAAAGCCCUUCAGGGUUUAAAACCACAAGUGGAACGUUCCAAAAAAUUGGCACAAGAAUUGGUAGUUGAGGCCUUGAAUGCAGAAGGAGUUUCUGAUCUUCUUCUUCAGGCAGAAUCUCUUCAACAGAAACAUAAGGCUGUCAGUGAGCAGGUAGAAGAAAAAUGCUCAUUUUUAGAAGCUAAGUUACAAGGAAUUGGACAUUUCCAGAACAGUAUUCGAGAAAUGUUUACACAGUUUGCUGAACUGGAUGAUGAGCUGGACAGCAUGCUCCCAAUUGGGAGGGAUAGAGAUAUACUACAGGCUCAGAAGCAGGACAUUAGCAAGUUCCUCCAGAAACUUGGAGAUCUCAUAACAACUAAUGACAAUGCCAACAAGACUUGCAAGAUGAUGUUGGCCACUGAAUCAUCUCCUGAUCUUAUUGGUAUCAAGAGGGACCUGGAAGCCUUAAAUAAACAGUGUAAUAAACUCCUUGACAGAGCGAAAUCCAGGGAAGAAAACAUUGAUGGCACUAUUUCCCGAAUAGAAGAGUUUUAUGGCACCUUAGGACAAUUUGUUGAUCAGCUUGGAACGGUAGAGCAACAUGAAGAAUCCCAAGGUGCAGUGGGAAUGGAGACAGAUGUUAUAAAUCAUCAGCUAAACAUUUUUACGACUUUCCAAAAAGAAGAAAUUGAACCCCUUCAAGCCCGCUUACAGGAGGUGAACUGGUUAGGUCAAGGACUUGUGCAAAGUGCAGCUAAAAACACCAGCACCCAGAGCUUGGAACAUGAUCUGGAGGAAGUAAACACACGAUGGAAUACUCUAAACAAAAAGGUUGCCCAGCGUGCUACUCAGCUUCAAGAAGCACUUCUCCAUAGUGGCAGGUUUCAGGAUGCUCUGGAGUCCAUUAUGAGCUGGCUCACAGACACUGAAGAGCUUGUGGCCAACCAGAAAUCACCAUCUGCAGAAUUUAAAGUGGUGAAGGCUCAAAUUCAGGAACAAAAGCUACUACAAAGAUUACUAGAUGAUCGUAAACCUACCAUUGAUGUCAUUAAGCGAGAGGGCGAAAAGAUGGCUGGUACUGCUGAUGAUAUGGAUAAGGAUAAAAUGUUAAGACAACUUAGUGCCUUAGAACGUAGAUGGGAUGAGCUGCUGAAGAAAGCUGAAAUACGAAAUCGCCAGCUGGAGGGUAUAUUGGUUGUUGCCAAACAGUUUCACGACACAUUGGAACCUUUGUCAGAUUGGCUCAGUAACACAGAGAAGAAGCUUACCAACUCUGAGCCUAUAGGAACACAGACACCUAAACUCCUUGAGCAGAUUGCCCAGCACAAGGCAUUACAAGAAGACAUUACAGCUCAUAACACCAUCUUGCACCAAUCUCUGAGCAUUGGCCAGUCUUUAAAAGCCUUAAGUGCCAGGGAAGAGAAGGACAUGGUUCAGGAAAAAUUAGAUAUUUGCCAAUCCCGAUUCAUGGAGAUCCAGGAGAGAAGUAGCAGGAGGGGGGAACUUCUGCAUCAGGCAAACUGCAAUGCUCAGAUAUUUGGGGAUGAUGAAGUUGAGCUCAUGAACUGGCUGACUGAAGUACAUGACAAGCUGAGCAAACUGUCUGUCCAGGAUCACAGUACAGAUGUACUCACCAGACAACACACUGAGCUGCUGCUUCUUCAGGAAGACAUUUUGCUGAGAAAACAAAAUGUUGAUCAGGCCAUUCAGAAUGGAUUAGAGCUACUAAAACAUACAACAGGUGAUGAAGUUGUUAUUAUUCAGGAAAAAUUGGAUGGAAUAAAAUCUAGAUAUUCUGAAAUCACAAAGCUGAGUUCUGAUGUUUCUAAAGUAUUAGAACAGGCCUUAAAGCUUGCAACACAGUUCCAUUCAACUCACAAUGAGCUGGGUAGGUGGCUGGACAAAGUGGAAGUAGAGCUAAAGAGCUAUGAAACACAGGACCAAAAACCAGAAGAAAUGAAUACUGUUCAACAGAGAAAAAAGGAACUACAGUUAGAAGCCAGGACAAAUAAAGCAUUUCUGGACUCCUUGAAUGAGGUUAGCGGCUCAUUGCUGGAGUUAGUGCCUUGGAGAGUAAGAGGAGGCCUUGACAGGAUGGUAACAGAAGACAAUGAGCGCUACAGAUCAGUAAGCGACACCCUAACCCAAAUGGUGGAAGAGAUAGAUGCUGCCAGAUUACGAUCUCAGCAGUUCAAGCUGGCUGUGGGUACAGAGCAUACAUGGAUUGAGGAUACUAAAAAGAAAAUAAUGGCUCUCGGUCACAUUAGACUUGAGCAAGACCAGACCAUGGCUCAGCUACAAGUUCAAAAGGGUUUCACCAUGGAGAUUUUAAGACACAAGGAUACGAUAGAUGAACUAGUCAAAUCAGGACAUGACAUUUCAAGCUUUUUCAGUGAAGAUGAAAAACAAACUAUGCAGAACAAGCUAACAAACCUGGUGGAGAGUUAUGACAACAUCUGUCACUUGAAUGCUGAAAGGAACCUUCAGCUGGAACGAGCGGUGUCAUUAGUGAACCAGUUCUGGGAAACCUAUGAAGAACUGUGGCCAUGGUUGACAGAGACCGAGAAAGUAAUAUCUGAACUGCCACCACCCGCUCUAAAUUAUGAUACACUUAGAGAGCAGCAAGAAGAUAACCGGCAACUCCGGGAACUCAUUGCUGAACACAAACCUCAUAUAGAUAAGAUGAACAAAACUGGGCCACAGCUGCUGGAACUCAGUCCUGAAGAAGGAUUCUUCAUCCAGGAGAAAUAUGUAACAGCAGAUACUCUAUAUAGUGACAUUAAGGAGGUUGUAAAGAAACGUGCAAUUGCUUUGGAGGAAGCUAUUUCCCAAUCCUCACAGUUCCAUGAUAAGAUUGACCCAACACUUGAAAGUCUACAACGAAUAGCUGAGCGCCUAAGGCAGCCGCCUUCAAUCUCUGCAGAGUGUGAGAAGAUCAGAGAACAGAUAAACGAAAAUAAAAAUGUUUCUGUUGAACUUGAAAAGCUUCAGCCUGUCUAUGAGACACUCAAGAUGAGGGGAGAGGAAAUGAUUGCUCGUUCACAAGGUGCUGAUAAAGACUUCUCGGCCAAAGCUGUCCAAGAUAAGCUUGACCAAAUGGUCUUUAUCUGGGAGGACAUCCAGGCUUUGACAGAGGAAAGGGAGGCCCAGUUGUUGGAUGUGAUGGAGCUGGCCGAGAAAUUUUGGUGUGAUCACAUAGCAUUAUUAGCCACCAUAAAAGAUACCCAAGAGUUUAUCCGUGAACUCGAUGAACCUGGAGUUGAUCCCUCUGUUGUGAAACAGCAACAAGAGGCAGCAGAGGCAAUUAAAGAGGAGAUUGAUGGGCUGCAAGAAGAGCUGGAUAUAGUCACAGCUUUAGGGUCAGAGCUGAUAUCGGCAUGUGGGGAACCUGAUAAACCUGUUGUGAACAAAAAUAUUGAUGAACUAAACUGCACAUGGGAAAUGUUGAACAAAACAUGGAAAGAUCGUGUUGACAAACUGGAUGAAGCUAUGCUGGCAGCUGUGCAGUAUCAGGAUGGGCUGCAGGCAAUCUUUGACUGGGUGGAUAUUGCUAUGGGAAGAAUAGAAACAAUGCCACCAAUAGGAACCGACCUAGAAACGGUGAAACAACAGAUAUCUGAGCAUAAGCAAUUCAAGAAGGAAGCAUAUCAACAGCAAAUAGAGUUGGAAAGGUUAAAUCACCAGAAAGAGUUGCUGCAGAAGAAGGCGACAGAUGAAAAUGAUAAGCUAGCUGUUGAAGACUCCUUCAAAGAACUGAAAUAUCUAUGGCAGGCUUUAGAGGAUAGGAUUAUCAACAGACAGCAUAAAUUGGAAGGUGCCCUGUUAACCUUAGGACCAUUCCAAAACGCCCUAGAUGAGUUGUUGACAUGGAUGAGUCACACAGAGGGAUUGCUCAAUGACCAAAAACCUAUUGGUGGAGAUCCAAAGACCAUCGAAAUAGACCUUGCCAAGCACCAUGUACUCCAAAAUGAUGUACUGGCACACAAGUCCAGUGUUGAGACAGUACAGAAGGCAGGAAAUGACCUGGUAAAGUCUAGUGCCGGAGAGGAAGCCAGUAGUCUACAGAGCAGGUUAGAAGCUCUGAACCAACGCUGGCAAAAUGUCCUGGAUAAAACAGAAAAGAGGAGGAAACAACUGGAUACUGCAUUGUUUCAGGCUCAAGGUUUCCACAAUGAAAUUGAAGAGAUGCAUCAAUGGCUGUCAGACACUGAACGUCAUUUACUGGCUUCCAAGCCUAUUGGAGGCUUACCAGAGACAGCGAAAGAGCAGCUUGACACUCAUCUGGAAUUGUGUGCUGCCUUUGAAGCCAAAGAACAUGUCUACAAAAGUAUAAUGCAGAAAAGCCAGCAAAUGAUGCAGAGAAGCCUGGAUGAGCCAGAAACAAAUAUUGACCAAGAUAUUACCAACUUAAAGGAGAAAUGGGAAUCUGUAGAGACAAAAAUCAGUGAGAGGAAAGUAAAAUUAGAAGAGGCUCUCAGUUUGGCCACAGUUUUCCAUAAUUCUCUUCAAGAGUUUAUAAAUUGGUUAACUCAAGCUGAACAGACCCUCACUAUGGCUUCUCCACCAAGCCUUAUCUUGGACACAGUAUUAUUUCAAAUUGAUGAACAUAAGGUAUUUGUUACUGAAGUAAACUCCCAUAGAGACCAGAUCAUGGAGCUGGAUAAAACGGGCACCCAUUUAAAAUAUUUCAGCCAAAAACAAGAUGUAGUAUUGAUUAAAAAUUUACUGAUCAGCGUGCAAAGCCGAUGGGAGAAUGUGGUACAGCGUUCACUUGAAAGAGGCCGUGCUUUAGAUGAUGCUCGUAAACGGUCAAAACAGUUCCAUGAAGCUUUUACUAAACUUAUGGAAUGGCUUGAAGAAUCGGAAGCUUCUUUGGACUCAGAACCUGAGAUUGCAAAUGAUCCAGACAAGAUUAAGGCGCAGCUGACACAGCAUAAGGAAUUCCAGAAAACAGUGGGUGCUAAGCAUUCAGUCUAUGAUACCACCACAAGAAGUGGCCGCUCACUGAAAGAAAAAGCUACGCUGAGUGAUGAUAUCCAGAAACUGGAUGAUAUGCUCAGUGAGAUAAGAGACAAAUGGGAUACUGUCUGUGGAAAAUCAGUAGAAAGGCAAAAUAAGCUAGAAGAGGCACUGCUGUUUUCUGGCCAGUUCACAGAUGCUUUGCAGGCCCUUAUUGACUGGCUAUACAGAGUGGAGCCACAGCUAGCCGAAGACCAACCUGUGCAUGGAGACAUUGACAUUGUGAUGAACCUCCUUGACAACCACAAAGUUUUUCAGAAAGAGUUGGGCAAGCGAAGUAGCAGCAUCCAAGCGCUAAAGCGUUCAGCUAGAGAGUUAAUUGAUGGAAGUCGCGAUGACUCUUCUUGGGUAAAAGCCCAGAUGCAGGAAUUAAGCACCCGUUGGGAUACUGUGUGCACUUUAUCUGUGUCCAAACAGACCCGACUAGAAGAAGCACUAAGCCAGGCCGAGGAGUUCCACUCUGCGGUGCAUACCCUGCUGGAAUGGCUGGCAGAAGCAGAGCAAGCUUUGAGAUUCCAUGGUGUUCUCCCAGAUGAUGAAGAGUCUCUGAAGUCACUAAUAGACCAGCACAAGGAAUUUAUGAGAAAAGUGGAGGAGAAAAGAUCUGAAUUGAAUAAAGGAGCGAGCAUGGGAGAAGCUAUACUGACAAUUUGUCACCCAGAUUCCAUUACUACAAUCAAGCACUGGAUAACUAUCAUUAGAGCCAGAUUUGAAGAGGUCUUAACAUGGGCAAAACAGCAUCAACAUAGACUUGCUCUUGCUUUGGAGGACUUGGUAGCUAAAAAGGUACUUCUAGAGUCUUUACUUCAAUGGUUACAAUGGGCAGAGACAACACUUAAUGAAAAAGAUGAGGAAGACAUCCCUGAGGAGAUAGAUGAGGUUAAAGCUCUCAUUGAAGAACAUCAGGCUUUUAUGGAAGAAAUGACUAGGAAACAGCCAGAUGUAGAUAAAGUUACAAAGACUUACAAGAGGAAAACUGCCGAGUCGACGUCAGGUCAAUCUCAAAUCCCAGUCUUAGACAAAGGAAGAACAGGCCGAAAACGUUCACCGGCACCUAACUUGUACCCAUCCACUUCACAAACAUCAAUAGAAACAAAAAACCCAAGAGUCAACCUACUGGUCAGUAAAUGGCAACAAGUGUGGCUUUUGGCAUUAGAGAGGAGAAGGAACCUGAAUGACGCUUUGGAUAGACUGGAAGAGCUACGAGAAUUUGCCAACUUCGAUUUUGAUGUUUGGAGAAAGAAAUAUAUGCGAUGGAUGAACCAUAAGAAAUCCCGGGUGAUGGACUUCUUCCGGAGAAUUGAUAAAGAUCAAGAUGGAAAAAUUACACGACAGGAAUUCAUUGAAGGGAUUCUUUCUUCAAGAUUCCCUACAAGUCGUCUGGAAAUGAGCGCUGUUGCUGAUAUCUUUGACCGGGAUGGUGACGGUUACAUUGACUACUACGAGUUUGUGGCAGCCCUCCACCCCAACAAAGAUGCAUACAAACCCCUAACUGAUGCUGACAAAAUUGAAGAUGAGGUUACACGACAAGUGGCAAAAUGCAAGUGUGCCAAACGUUUCCAAGUGGAACAAAUUGGGGAAAACAAAUACAGGUUCUUCCUGGGAAAUCAGUUUGGUGACUCUCAGCAACUUCGCCUUGUCCGUAUUUUGAGGAGCACAGUGAUGGUUCGAGUGGGGGGCGGUUGGAUGGCACUGGAUGAAUUCCUAGUGAAAAAUGAUCCAUGUAGAGUUCAUCAUCAUGGAAGUAAAAUGUUACGUUCGGAAUCAAACUCUUCAAUUACUACUCAGCCUCUUAUAGCUAAAGGAAGAACUAAUAUAGAGUUACGAGAAAAGUUUAUGUUACCUGAAGGCGUUAGUCAAAGUAUGACUCCUUUCCGGCCAAAAGGCCGAAGGUCCAGACCGUCUUCAAGAGGCGCAUCACCCAGUAGACCCAGCUCAAGUCCAAAUGUCCAGGCCAGCCCAUCACAAGCAACGAGUAUUGGCACUCCCAAGACACCCCUCCAUAUAACACGCAAUUAUGGUAAACCUUGGUUGACAAACAGCAAAACAGCAACUCCUUGUAAAAGCCCUGAGUCCCCCGAACAAAGACUGUCAUCUGAAGAGGGAACUCCUAUCCAGGGGAGUAAAUUAAGACUUCCAGGAUACCUGUCUGGAAAGGGAUUCCAUUCUGCAGAGGACAGCAGUUUAUUAACUACAGCAGCAUCCAAAGUCAGAACACAGUUUGCAGAUUAUCGGAAAACUCCAAGCCGAGCUGGAAGCAAAGCUGGAAGCAGAUCAAGUAGCCGAAGAGGCAGUGAUGCCUCUGAUUUUGAUAUUUCCGAAAUCCAAUCUGUAUGUUCUGAUAUGUCUGAGACAGUUCAUGAUAGCUGCAGGCCCUCACCACGAUCAAGUUCACGAUCUUCAACAGGCAGACCUUCCAAAAUUCCCACUCCACAACGACGGACGCCAAUCAGCAAACUAGCAACAAAAUCAACAAAAAGAUAGGGCCCCCAGCUUUUAAGAGAUUUUUCUUUGUGUAUUGCCUAUUUAAGUUUGUAAGGUGUAAAAUAUUAUGUAGAAAUUAUGAAAUAAUGCAAAUGUUUGAUUUUAAUCCUGCAGAAGGCCUUAAAUGUGUGUUUGUCUUGUUUUUUUUUUUACACAUAUUUUUAUCAGAAAAAAAACAAAAACCUUUGUUUGUCUUAUAGUUUGGAGAUGCUUGAGGGACUUCAAACGAAACUAACGUCACCGUUGUGUGAAUUCAGAAACGAAAUCAGUUAUUGAAUGUAUUUAUUACUGCAACCUGGAGGGAAGUUCAAUAUGCCAAACACUGCUUCAUUAGUUACCAAUUAUGAAUACCUCAACUAUUUAUAAUAGAGCAAAAACAUGGACUUAGAUACCCAGCUUACGUACACUACCGAAUCUCCAUUCACUUGGACUUGAUUAUGCACAUUGCAGUUAUUUCCGCAGUUUUAAGUUCAGAUAACUCACAGAAAAGUAUUUAAUCAUCGGCAGAAACUAUAUUUUAUGUUUUUAUUUAUAUUUAUGUCUGUGAGAUUCUGUCUUAAUAGAACUAUAAUACUGUUCAAAUAAUAGCAUUUGGUGCAUAUGUGAGGUUUUCUUUCGCUUGAGUGGAUGGUAACAUUAUGUCAACUUUUGUAUCAAAUCAGUUUUGCUUGCAAAAUCUAUGAAAUAAAACUUGUCCAAAUCUA